UUUUUUUUUCUCUCUCUAUAUGUCCAAGCUCUCACUGCCACACAUCACUGAUCACACCACAGCAGUUGCAGCGUUGCAGCAGCAGGCAGCACUGCUGCAGCAAGCUCAGCCUUCAGACCACAACACAGGAAACAAAAGCAAAAACCUGACUUUUGCUAACCAAUAAACCCAGUCUUCAAAAUCCCAACUUUUGUUUCCAAUCAAUCCCCACCAUCAAAGCUUUCGAUUUGAUUUGAUAGCCAAUAAACCUAAUUCACCCCAUUUCACUCGCAAAGCGUGAAAGGAGAAACAAACAGAAAAAAUAAAAAUAAAAACAAAACAAAAAAGAGGGAGAGCUUUUCUCUUUUUUGAAGACUCCAAGCUUCUUUUGGCAAAUGCCAAAGUCACCCUUCCUACCGCCCACCUCUUAAAAAUGCAGCCAUGACCAUCUCCUCUCCGUCUCUCUCUCUCCCCAAGUCUCUUUUUCUCAUUUCCCAAAAGCUCUUUCCUUCAGCUUCUGCUUUGGCUUAUUGUAAUUUCACAGUUAAGAGGUUUUUAAUUUCAUGGGUCUGAUCGAUCUCAACACGACGGAGGAGGACCAGACGCCGUCCUCCGGUUCAUCCGCUUCGUCCUGGUGCUCUGCUUCUGCUCCGAGCGCUUCGGCCUCGUCUUCGUCGGUGUGUCUAGAGUUGUGGCACGCGUGUGCGGGCCCACUGAUUUCGCUGCCGAAGAAGAAUAGUGUAGUGGUGUACAUCCCGCAGGGACACCUAGAACAGGUUCCGGAUUUUCCGCUUGCCGCCUAUGAUCUCCCUCCCCACGUGUUGUGUCGCGUUGUUGAUGUCAAGCUCCAUGCGGAAGAGGGCACCGAUGAGGUUUAUGCUCAGCUCGCACUGGUUCCUGAAAGCGAGGAAUUCGAGCAGAAACUGCGAGAAGGGGAAUUUGAUGCGGAUACAGAAGAAGAUAAUGCUGAAAUAAAUGCAAAGUCGUCCACACCCCACAUGUUCUGUAAGACUCUUACUGCUUCUGAUACUAGCACACAUGGAGGCUUCUCUGUCCCUCGUCGAGCUGCUGAGGACUGCUUCCCUCCCUUGGACUACAAGCAACAGAGACCUUCUCAAGAGCUUGUGGCGAAGGAUCUACAUGGAUUGGAAUGGAGGUUUCGACAUAUCUACAGGGGGCAGCCUCGAAGGCAUUUACUCACUACAGGGUGGAGUGGUUUCGUAAACAAGAAGAAGCUCGUUUCUGGAGACGCCGUGCUCUUUCUUAGGGGCGAGGAUGGAGAAUUGCGACUGGGAGUUCGAAGAGCUGCUCCAGUUAAAGGUAGCGUUGCCUCUUCAUCUCUCUGUAGCCAACAGAUGAAUCAUGGCUCUCUGACGGAUGCUGCUAAUGCUAUAUCUACGAGAAGUGCCUUCAACAUUUACUACAAUCCCAGUAGGGCAAGUUCAUCGGAAUUCAUAAUACCUCUCCGUAAAUUCUUGAAGAGCAUGGACCAUUCUUUUUCAGUUGGGAUGAGGUUCAAAAUGAGUAUUGAAGCAGAAGAUGCAGCUGAGAGAAGAUACACAGGGCUUAUAACUGGAAUUAAUGAUAUGGAUCCUGUUAGAUGGCCUGGUUCAAAAUGGAGAUGCCUACUGGUAAGGUGGGAUGAUGUAGAAACUAGGCAUAACAGGGUUUCUCCAUGGGAAAUUGAGCCAUCUACUUCUCUUUCUGGUUCCACUAGCUUGAUGGCAUCUGGUUUAAAGAGGACCAGGAUUGUAUCGCCUUCAGCACAACUGGAAUUUCCGAUUUCCAAUGGGAUUGGAACAUCAGACUUUGGGGAAUCUUUAAGCUUCCAGAAGGUCUUGCAAGGUCAAGAAAUUUUGUGUUUUACUCGUGACAGUGCUGAUACUCAUCAUCAUCAUCCAUCCGAAGCAAGGUGUUUUUUUAGUCCGAAUGCUUCUGGGAUUGCUGCAAUAGGAGAUGCUGGUAGAAACCAAGCCAGAAAUUAUGAUAUUUCCUACAAAGCCAAGGGCUUUGGUGAAUCUUUCCAAUUCCAGAAGGUCUUGCAAGGUCAAGAAAUAUUUCCAACCUUGCCAUAUGGAAGAGCCCCGACCACAAACAGGGCCCAUGAGAAUGGUGACAUUGGAAUCCUUCAUGGUGUUCAAGUGCAGAGCAAUAACACAACUAUGCGCCCAUUUGCCCCGUCUCUGCAAGUUUCAUCACCAUCAUCUGUCUUAAUGUUCCAGCAGGCAUUUAAUCCAGUUUCAUCAAGCUUAGGUUCAAUGUAUAAGUUGAAUAAUCUUGAGGAGCAGAGAAUUAGUAGCCAAAAUUUGUCUGUUUCUGAAACAGUUGGUGGACAGCUCACGUCACCCUCAUUUAAUGAGCGUAGCUUCUGUAGGAAAGAACAAGGAGGCAUGCAUUCUUCAGGUUUUGAGCAUGUUCAACUUGGCUCUACACUCCCUCCUCUUCCAAAUCGAUCCACAUUUGGGGGCAGCCAAGAUCUAGCUUCCUCGUGUAAAAGUAGCUGCAGACUCUUUGGGUUUUCUUUGACGGAGGAAAAACAUGUUGCAAACACAGAGAACUCCACUCCAGUUCCGUCCUCAUUGAAUACUAGGGUUUCUUUUCUACCUCAUGUUGGGGAUCAGUUCCAUCCAAAGCCUCCACUGAUGGCCAAGGCAGUUGGAAGCAACUGCACCAAAGUAAGUGACCUCUAUGCUGUAAGAUAUGCUUUUUGAUAUUGCAUUGUAGUGUUCUGUUGUAAGGUACGAACUGAAGCUUUGCAAGCAGGGGAGUGUUGUAGAUGGGAAACUGGUCUUCCUAAGCUACAGAGGCGUGGGGAAAUGAUGGAAAGUUGUUACUAGGAUAGUUAGAAUGAUGCUUUUCUGGAGAUGAUUUGGGGCAAUAUUUCUGAAUAUUCCUUUUCAAUAUCAAUGUUAUUAUGUUUGCAUUCGGCAUCAAGCCUGAGGCGAGUGUUUUUUUAGCAUCGUGGGUGGUGCAUGGAACAUAUUAUGAGGCUAACCAAAAAAUGCUGGCAUAGGAGAUGGCAAGUGCCAAAAUCUCGUGGAUGCUCUUGGAUUUUCCUUUCUUUCCAUAGGGCAUUAGACUUUGUAUCCUGAUUUAUUGACAAUGAGUUUGUUUAGUUUUAUAACCUUA